UUCUCUGGCGGGCGGCUUUGAUUUACCUCGCUUCCGUCACUCCUUUGAGGAAGUCACCACCACAACCACCCAGCAGCAAUCGCAUGCACGCUUGCGUCAAUCCUCCUUUGCACAGCGCGUCCUGCCGCUGAGAGAAGAUCACCAAACGAAGAGAUCCACCAGCAAACGCGAACCGAACUCCACCUCAAUCCGCGACUUCCGAGAAACCUUUUCUCAACCACCACCACCACCUUUUCCCUCCGCAAGAAGAGACGCGUCUCUCACUUUCACACACCACACCACCGCCCACCACCACCGCUCGCCGUAUCGCAAUCAUGGGCGCCUCCCCCGACUGGCUCCAAUUCGGACCACCCACCCUCGACCGACCCUUCGGCCUCGCCCUCUGGCCCAUCUUCAGUAAAGCCUUCACCGCAAUCAAAGGCUACACCCCCGAUGACUUCCGCUUCAUCUCCGGAAAAACGCCCAUGGCCUCCAUGGCCGAGACGGCGCUGUUCCUCAUCUCCUACUACAUCAUCAUCUUCGGCGGACGCGAGUUUAUGCGUGAUCGACCCGCGUUCAAACUCAAUGGCCUGUUCAAGAUUCACAAUUUCUACCUGACUGCGAUCUCGGGCAUGUUGCUACUGUUGUUUUUGGAGCAGUUGAUUCCCACGAUUACGAGGAAUGGGGUGUUCUAUGCGAUUUGUCAUUAUAAUGGAGGGUGGACGCAGCCUUUGGUUGUGUUGUAUUAUCUCAACUACCUCACCAAAUACCUCGAACUCAUCGACACCUGCUUCCUUUUCCUCAAAAAGAAGCCCCUCACCUUCCUCCACACCUACCACCACGGCGCCACCGCUCUCCUCUGCUACACCCAACUCCUCGGCCACACGGCCGUCUCCUGGGUGCCCAUCACUCUCAACCUGAUGGUGCACGUGGUCAUGUACUGGUACUACUUCCAAUCCGCGCGCGGCAUCAAAAUCUGGUGGAAGAAAUACAUUACCAUGCUGCAAAUCAUCCAGUUCGUCAUCGACCUCGGGUUCGUCUACUUCGCCAGUUACACAUACUUCGCCGCGCGAUACUUCCCCUGGUUGCCGAGUUAUGGGAUCUGCGCGGGUGAGGAGUUUGCCGCGGUCGCGGGUAUGGGUAUUCUGAGCUCGUAUUUGUUCCUGUUCAUUGGAUUCUACUUCAACACCUACAAGAAGCCGGUCAAGAAGGGUAGAGGCCGCGCGACGAGUGCGCUUGUGGAGAUGAAGGAUGAGCAGGUUCCUAGCGCGGGACAGGUCAAGAGGAGGUUCUCCGGUGGACCGGCCAGUUUGGCGGGAUACUCCAAGGACGGACAGAAUGGUGCGGCUUCGAGUGGAGCAUCACCAUCGGCGAGGGUGACACGGUCCCGCAAGGCAUAG